GAGUGUGGGAGGUAUGAUACCGAAUUUAUCAGCGUUUAAUUCCGUUUUCUUUGGACUGUGUUUGGUUAAAAGCUACAAGGACUUCCUUCAUUCGAUGGGUUCAGCUAAUUCUAAUGUAGUUAUUAUGUUUAUGGUGCACUAGAAAGUAGGAUCCAGGAUAUUUUCAGCGUGGUUGUUGGGCUGCAACAACUAAACCAAAACUGCACUUUUUAAUUUGCAGGAAAAGUGUCGGCCAGCUGAUGAGCUAGCCAGGUGUAGGACAAUAAAAUAGCUGGCCUAGUUGCAUUGUUUUGGAGCUCAAUUGGGCAUCCUUUGCUGCCAUUUAUUCAGUGAUUAUAUCAAGAUUUGGUGACUGAUGUGAGACAUAUCAACCAAGACUUCAAGAUGAUGGGCAAACAGUAUAAUCGUAUGAAACAACUUGGUAAACAAAAAAUUCUAAGAGCUGAAAAGACUGAAGUAUUGAAUGAUGAUCUGCAACAGUGUGAGAAAAAAGUCGACAUUAUCAAAGACUCUUGUAUGAAAACAGUGAAGGAGCUAAAAAAGUGUCUUCAAGGAGCAGGCCAAGAUGUAGAGAAGAGAACGAGGAAGCUUCCUCAUACCAUGUUGGGACAGAGUAUGAUGGAUUCAAGCCAAGCAUUGGGGGAAACUUCCGUCUUUGGGUUGACUCUUGGUAAAUCAGCCGAGGUGUGGACCAACAUCGGCCAGGAGCUUACUAGCCACGAGAUGGGACUAGAAAACCUUGUUAUUACCCCCUUCAGUCUCCUUCUGGAUAAUGAGAUCCCAAGUAUAAUGUCGAUGAAGAGGAAACUCAACCGGCUAACAUUGGAUUUAGAUUCCGUUAAAGGAAGAUAUCAGACAGCAUCAAGCAAGGGUAUCGACAAAGAACAUUUAGCCAAGUUAGACGCCAUUAAAGAGGAGAUGGAACAAUGCCAGUGGAAGGUAGACGCUUGCAAGGAGAGUCUGGCAACCGAGAUGAUGAGUCUAGUGGCCAAGGAUGGAAUGCUUGCUAGAUGUUUGGUUGAUAUGGUGAAGUCUCAAGCACAGUACCACCGGAAUGUCUUAGCUCGGCUGGAGAAACUUAUCCCUCAGCUGAAUGAUGACCUGACCGAAGCACCGACCCAAGGAGUGUUCGGUCUUGCCUUGGAGGAUCAUCUAAGACUCCAGGGUAGAGAGAUUGCAUCACCGUUAGAGACCUGUAUCUUCUGGAUCAUGGAGCUUGGUCUCGAUGAAGAGGGACUGUUCAGAAUUGCUGGUAGUGCGUCAAGGAUGAAAAUGAUUAGGGCAGCUUUAGAUGCCAAUGUAGAGAUUGAUGUAGACCUCGGGAUGGAGCAUGCAUUAGCAGGUGUCUUGAAACAGUAUCUGAGAGAGCUUCCGGAACCUUUGCUCACAUUUAGCUUGUAUCAAGAUUUCAUCGGAACAUUGGUAUUGAAAGACAAAGACCAGAAGUUACAGGCACUUUGGACGAUAGUCAACAAUCUCCCUAAAUCAAACUACGCCAACUUCAAGUACCUCAUCAAGUUCCUGAGUAAAGUUGCCGGUAGGAGCGAUCAGAAUAAGAUGAAUGCAUCUAACUUGUCUCUGGUAGUGGGUCCUAAUUGCCUCUGGUCAGAGGAAGAUGGAGGGAUGUCUGUCACAAGCACUGGGGUAUGUGCCACCAUCAUUGAGUCUUUCAUUUCAUAUGCAGAUUGGUUCUUUCCUGAUGAAAUAAAUUUCUCAAUCACAAGACCAAAGUGUAACUCGUUCUCGGAAACAACUCAAGGUGUAGAUGGGACGGACAGUGCAGCCCCAACUGUCACGUCAAGUCCCGCUUCCCACGGAGACACUCAUCACAGUCCGGCUGUGGCUGUAAGCUCGGCUCACUCUACGCCAGUAGCCCAUCAUCACCCGGGUCUAACAGCAACUUCACCACAGCUCGAUACAAGCAUCUCACCAUUGCAACAGAGUCUUUUGAGUGACAAGAUGAGGUCAGCCUCUCUUCCGAAACGAUCAGUUAAGAAGAAUCCGGCUCCUCCGGUACCAGCAAUGUCGCCCACUCCGUCUCCAAACUCGUCUCUGAGUAGAAACACUCCUAUACCAUCACCGUCGAAUCUCAACGGUACCACUCCUUCCAACGUAGCAGAGAAAAACACUCCAGAAAAACCAGCCAAAGUCGAGAAACCGACAAGAUUCUCAAAAGGAGAGAAGCCACCCGUGUUAGAGAAACCAGCACGCCCGCCAUUGCCUGCCAAAAAGACUAGUCAAACUAGAGAGUCGAGUUCACCACCUCCCCCUCCUGUGACCCCCGUUGAGAAUGUCCCACCGUCGCCGACUCUGAGACCUAAAUCCACGAAUCUGUCCCGCCCAACCAUCUCACCCCCACCACCCCCACCAACACAAAAAAGUCCAAAGCCAUCGCUAAAUUUAGAUAGUAACGAUACAACAGAUGAAAAUACACAACUUUAAAACAACCGUAAAAUGGUACAAAAUGUUUUACUUUGCUGAUUUGGCACAUAUAGAUUUAUUGUAGAGGGCAAAAUUGUUAAAGUAAGCCAA